CCACGACAAAGACAGGAGGUGCCGCGGAGCCACGGGGCACCGAGUGGUUCGAAACUUGCGCGCAGCGGUGGACUCCGCGCAGCUGCCGAGGAUGGGGUGGCGCGGCCGCGGCGGUGAGCCGCAGCCGUCGCUGCUGCUGCUGCUGCCGCUGUCGCUGCUGCUGGCGGUGCCUGGCUGUGGCGCGGCCCCGCGCUCGGCGCUCUACUCGCCCUCCGACCCGCUGACGCUGCUGCAGGCGGACACGGUGCGCGGCGCCGUGCUGGGCUCCCGCAGCGCCUGGGCGGUGGAGUUCUUCGCCUCCUGGUGCGGCCACUGCAUCGCCUUCGCUCCGACGUGGAAGGCGCUGGCCAACGACGUCAAAGAUUGGAGGCCGGCGCUGAAUCUCGCUGCCCUGGACUGUGCUGAGGAGACCAACAAUGCAGUCUGCAGGGACUUCAACAUCCCUGGCUUCCCGACCGUGAGGUUCUUUAAGGCCUUUUCCAAGACUGGCUCAGGAGCGACACUGUCAGUGGCUGGUGCUGAUGUGCAGACGCUGCGGGAGAGGCUGAUUGAUGCCCUGGAGUCCCACAGUGACACGUGGCCACCCGCCUGUCCCCCACUGAAGCCUGCCAGGCUGGAGGAGAUUACUGAAUUCUUUGCAAGAAAUGCUGAAGAGUACCUGGCCCUGAUAUUUGAAAAGGAAGGCUCCUACCUGGGUAGAGAGGUGACUCUGGACCUGUCCCAGCACAAGGGCAUAGCGGUGCGCAGGGUCCUGGACACAGAGCGUGGCGUGGUGAGCAAGUUUGGUGUCACCGACUUCCCAUCUUGCUACCUGCUGUUCCGGAAUGGCUCUUCCUCCCGGGUCCCCGUGCUUAUGGAAUCCAGGUCUUUCUACACAACGUACCUGCAGAGAUACUCUAGGGGCACCAGGGAUGCUGCCUGGACCACGACUGCGCCAACCAGCACUAACGCGGUAGCCCCCACCGUGUGGAAGGUUGCAGAUCGCUCCAAGAUCUACAUGGCCGACCUGGAAUCUGCGCUGCACUACAUCCUCCGGGUCGAAGUGGGCAAGUUUUCUGUCCUGGAGGGGCAGCGCCUGAUGGCCUUGAAAAAGUUCGUGGCGGUGCUGGCCCAGUACUUCCCUGGCCAGCCCUUAGUCCAGAACUUCCUGCACUCCGUGGAUGAUUGGCUCAAGAAGCAGCAGAAAAAGAAAAUUCCCUACAGUUCCUUUAAAACCAUCCUGGACACCAGGAAGGAGGGCACUGUGAUUGCCGAGAAGGUGCACUGGGUGGGCUGCCAGGGGAGCAAGCCGCAUUUCCGGGGCUUUCCCUGCUCCCUGUGGAUCCUCUUCCACUUCCUGACCGUGCAGGCAGCUCGGCAAAACGUAGACCCCGCACAAGAAACAGCCAAGGCCCAGGAGGUCCUGCAGGCCAUCCGGGGCUACGUCCGCUCCUUCUUUGGCUGCCGAGACUGCGCUGGCCACUUCGAGCAGAUGGCCGCUGCCUCCAUGCACCAGGUGGAGAAUCUGAACAGCGCCGUCCUCUGGUUCUGGUCUAGCCACAACAAGGUCAAUGCACGCCUCGCAGGUGCCCCCAGCGAGGACCCCCAGUUCCCCAAGGUGCCGUGGCCGCCCCGUGAGCUCUGUCCCGCCUGCCGCAGUGAGCUGCGGGGUGCGCCUGUGUGGGACCUGGACAACACCCUCAACUUCUUGAAGACCCACUUCUCCCCGAGCAACAUCGUCCUAGACCUUCCUUCGGCUGGGCUGGGCCCCCGGAGGGGUGUACAGAGGAUGGCGGUCGCCCCAAAGCAGGUGGAGCUGGAGCUGGCGACGGGGAAUUUUACUGUGGGCCCUGAGAAGGCUGGGAUCGUGGCGGGCCCAGGGACCGCGUCCCCUGGAGCCACCGUCCCAGAUGUUGCAGCAGAGGGACUGGGGGCUGGCCUCGGCCUGGCCAGAGACGAGCCAGACCAGGACGCUCCUGAGCACACAGCGGAGCUUCAGAGGGAUGAGUCGGAGCGGCCGAGAGGGCAGCGGCGCUUGAGCAGGCGAGACACAGGAGCCGUGUUGUUGGCUGAGUCCCUGGCUGAGAAGAGCCCCCCCAGGGGCCCUUCAGAGCUGAGGCGAGUGGGCCGCAGCUCCAAGCAGCUGGCCGGCGUCCCUGACGGGGAGCCAGAGGCCGGGGCCAGGCAGGGCCGGGGCCCGUGGCUGCAGCUGCUGGAGGGGGACGUCUCCCACCUGGACAUCAGCCUCUGUGUGGCGCUGUACUCCCUGUCCUUCAUGGGCCUGCUGGCCGUGUACACCUACUUCCGGGCCAGGAUGAGGGCCCUGAAGGGCUGUGCCAGCCACCCCGCAGCCUGACCCGUCCCGCUUGGGAGGGUCAGGAUAGGGAGCGGCCAUCCACGGCUCUUCCAACCCCCCCCACCGCCACCUUGGUCCUUGUCCGGGGAAAUCCAGGAAAAGCGGUUGCUGGAGCAACCCUCCCUGUGGCUUCUGGAAAGGGAUGUACUAUAGACAUGGUCCCCUGCCAGCACAGGGGAGGACAGCCUUGGGCAUUGGGGUAGGGAGGCUCCGUCCUGGGCCUCUCAGCAGCAAAUUCCUCUUUUUCAGCUUGUUUGAAGUCCCGCCUCAUUCUCCUUGAAGCUUCCAUGUUUCACGCUUGGUGUUGGCCCUAAACUGGGGCAAGUGAGGCUGCAGCCCCCAAGGUUCCCCAUCUCCAGAGGAGGGGCCCUGGGGCUGGAGUGGACGCCUCACGACAUCCUGGGACUCCGCCCGUCCUGCUACAAAGAGCCCUUUGCGCCAAAGAAGGAAGGACUGCCUCUGGCCCUAUGUGCCUGCCCGUUCUCCAGCCCCCCAGACCCCCCACCCCGGGUGGGGUUGGGCUUUAGGGUGGGCUCUGGAAGCUUCUGGAAGUCAUGCUGGUCUCCCAGGUGAGGUCUGCGGGAGGAGAGCCUCUGGCUGGCUCCUUUCCAAACCUCGGGUACAGGAAGAGUCCAGGCUGGCAUCGGUGGGGGGAUGGUCCUGGGGUGGGGGGUUGAGGGAGGGCUGUUGGGGUCUCUAGUGCCUUAGCUGUGAGAGGUCGCGUGAAGCAUUUGCUUUGAAUGUGCUUUGGCUUCUGUGCAUUGGGCUCGACCCUUCUUGGAGCUGGGUCUUUAGUCUCUUGAUUUUAGUCUCCAAAAUAGAUGCUAAUCUUUGACUGUGGAGGGAGCUGGUGGAAGGGGAGUAUCGUCCCUCUUGAGGGUCCACCUCCCGUCAUGUAGAGGUGAAAAGGGUCGGAGGGGAGAUUGACCCUGUACACAUGCUUGGCUCCCACUCUACCCCACUGUUGCAGAGGCUGUGAAAUAAAUUAUUUUUGUUAAGGCAAA